GCCGUUUCACUUCAUUGUCUUCCACGUGACGCUCACCCCGAUUGCCGGUCGCUGACCAUGAACGCGGGAUACGAUGAGGAUCUGUCGGAGAAUCGGUUCCUGCGGGAGCUCCGGGACGAACACGGGGCCACGUUUAAGCGCGCUGUUGAGGAGAGCUGGAUCGUCUGUGUUCCGCGCAGCGGCAGUUUCGCCAGUCGCAGGUUGCGGGAGGACGAGAUCAACGCCCACAUCCUGGUCCCCGGGCGGGACCUCUCCGUCGCUCGCUUCAAUAGCCUGAGCGGCAAAGAGAUUCUGCUCAAGGACCGAGUCUUGCAUAUUGAACACGACGACGCGGAGCGAUAUUCCUCGCGCCUGCUCUUCGAGGAGAUCUUCUACAGCGAUGAUUUCCGUAAAUGUUGUGUAUGGUGCAUUGAACGACCCUUGGAGGCUAGCAUGUAUGUUUGCGACAACUGUGUCAGCGUGGUCACGAAUCUCCAAGAAGCCAUGAAUUUUCUUCAAGCGGAAUUGUUCGAUAAGCAGCUGCGUGACGACUUUGAAACCAAAAUUAAAGACUUUUUGUACAUUAAUAAGAAUCUGGAGCGCAAAUCGAUGCAGGAGCAUAGGGAUCUGGUGCACGAGCUGUAUGCGGAUUGUCUCGAGAUGCUGGAGAACGCGACAUCGAGGGAGAGUGCAGCCUCGAACAACAAGCAGUAUCAAUGGAACAUUAGAAUGUCGUUGGAAACAUACAUUCUGUAUACUCUAAAAGACGUGCUACUAAAAUCAUUAUCUGCCUGUACCGCUGUUGAAGAUGCAAAAUUUAACAAAAUUAUCAGGAACUUGGACGGGAUCGAACUGAGCGAUCUCCGAGUGCGACCAGAUCUGCAAUCUCGCAUCCAUGGGGGAAAGAUAGAGCUGUCGCGACUGGACUGUUUUGUGACUGUCUUGGGCAAGAUCGAAUGUCUUAGGAGGACCGUGAACUACGUAUCCCACGGAACGUCGUCGUCCGUCACGUCGGACGAUCUUCUGCCGGUGCUCGUGUACCUCGUCGUCAACGCCGGCCUGCCAAACUGGAUGGCGCAGUUAUAUUUCAUGAGACAAUUUCGUCUUUCCGCGAGCUCCGCUCACGAGUCCGACGAGACUGGCUUCCUGAUAACUUCGCUCGAAGCUGCGAUCGUGCACAUUAAGUCCGGAGUCAUCUACGACGAGGACAAAUGCGCAAAUAAUCCUGACAAAUACAAUCCAUUAAUGAGCCAUUCGAAACAUUCGUCCGACAGUUACUUAUUCACCUGCGUCAAGAACGGUAAUCUGUCCGAGGUGAAAAGGAUUUUAGCCUACGACGGUUCCAAACAAGUCGACGACGUCACGCUUUGCCAUCCCUUGUGCACUUGCGCGUCCUGCGAGCGAAACUGGACGAAGCAGCGCGACCUGAACAUGUGUCCUAAAGAUGACAAGGGUAUGACGCCGUUGCAUGUUGCCGUGUUGCACGAUCAGCUGGUGAUCGUGGACUUUCUUCUCGACCGCGACACGGAUAUAAACGCCGUCGACUCAGAUGGCAUGACGGCCCUUCACUAUGCCUGCGUCAAGGGCCACCAGAACAUUCUGCUGCUGAUGCUGCACGCAAACGCGGACUCAGCGGUGACGGACGCACGGGGAAACACGCCGUUGCACUUGGCGGUGGAUCGCGAUCACGAGAACUGCGUGAAAGCAUUACUGUAUCUGUCGGAGCACAUGAGGAUACCAGUCGGCGCGAACGUUGCGAACGACAACGGCGACACGCCGUUGCAUCUCGCAGCCAGGUGGGGAUACUGUGCGAUCGUCAGCAUCCUUCUGGAGUACGGUGUGAACAGCAGGACGACCAACAAGAAGGGUCAAACGCCGUCAACGGUGACGUACAGCGAGACCAUCGCCGAGCUGCUGAGAUGUAAUGCAGCGUCGGACGUCUGCAACGACGUCCCAGCUCUGUCCAAGCGACAUACCUUCGUGCAGCAACCUCGGCAAUCGGCGCCUUUUCAGCAACAGCAGCAGCAGCAACAGCGUCAUUGGUCCACGUUGGAGAACAAAAGCCCGUCGCACUCUAAGAGCUACACCAACGCGAUGCAGCAUCGUAUGAUGGACAAAUUGCUCGUCGCCAUCGUCGAUGGUGACAUAUGCCUGGCGUGUUACUACCUGGGGCUGGAGGUUUAUCGCGAGCGGCCGCCGGGCGCCCGUGCGAGUCUGUGCCAUCAUCCGCUCUGUGACUGCGAGCGGUGCUCGGCAAUCAGUGAGAAUAAGCUGGAGUGCAAGCAGAGACAACGGGUACUCGCAAUCAACGCUAGUAACAACCUUGGCGAGACGGCAUUGCACGUGGCGAGCGCAACCGAUCGCACCAAGAUGGUGCAGCUGCUGCUGGACGCCGGCGCGAACGUAAACGUAGUGACCAAAUUGGAGAGUCGCACCCCGUUGCAUUUAGCAUGCCUCAAUGACCGCGUCGACUCGGCGAGGCUGCUGCUGAAUUGCGCAACUUGCGACGUAGAUGCCAAGGAUCGCGACGGCAAUACGCCGUUGCACCUGGCGACUGUAGCCGGCAACAUCAAAUCCGUCGGCCUGCUAGUCAGAUACGGUGCGUGCACCGGCGUGCGCAAUUUGCAGAACAAGACUCCGCUGCAGCAGGCGGAGGAGAAGCUAUCUAUCGCUUUCUCCGCAAAUCGCGCAGGCAUACUGAAGAUUCUGAAACAAAACUCGGCACAGCCGGCCGAUAAUUGACUCGGUCAACUUUUUUUUAUGUCUUUAACUCUAUCCCAUUUUUCUAUGUCUUUUGUAUGUCUUAUCUACUUACCUCAUAGAUUUAGUCAACAAAAGUUUUCCUAGAAAUAGCUUUCAACGUAAUACUCAUCUUCUUCAUCUGAUACGCCAUUGCAGUGGAUAAAUGAAAAAACGUCCAUUUCUCGUGCUUACAAUAUUGAAGACUGUACCAAGUCAAAUCUCUGCACAGAAGGACGAUGAUUAAUUUUUAUUCUAUGAGCAAUUCUGUUUCUAUCUUUUUAUCAUAAAGUACCUCAUGGAUAUGGUUAGCAGUAUCUUCUAGCAUAAUUCUAACUUCCGAGUGUGACUUAACUCUGGUCUAAACGUUAUAUCUAACGUCGCACGUCCUUGCGAUUCUAAAGUUAAAUCUUUCAUGCGAGUCUUGAUACUUUUUUUUCGACCUGAACGAGAUUUUUCUUUUAGAAUCGUUUGCAUAAAUUGCACAAAUGGCCACACCAUACUGAGCAAUGCUAGUGAGAUUAACAAAUAUUAAAUAAGUGAGAUUAUUAAAUAAUAAAUAAGUGAGAUAAAGAGUGCAAUAUAUUGUCAAGUCAGAUCACAAAUAGUUUUAUAUAUUUUAUAUAUAAUCAGAAGAACUAAAAAUAUAUAUUUGAAACAAUAUACCUUUUGUUUUAUAUGAAUUAAAAUAUAGAUGGAAAUGUAUUCAUACUAUUUGUGAUUUUAUUUAUAAAAUUUAGAUCUCCUGAAAAAAGAGAAAAAGAGAGAGAGAAAAGUGAGGAAAAUGUACAAAGUAAAUGUGUGAAAAUAUACAAAAAUAAAUUUUUAAAGUAUAUUAAUAUAAAAUAUAUUGGUUUUUUUAAUGUGUACCCUGAUGAAAAUUUUCUCAGAAUUUUUAAUAUACAAAUUGAAACAAUUUUUUUUUAAUUUAAAUCUUUGAAUUUUCCAUAUAUAAUGAAUUCUAAAAUAUUUUAAGAUUCUUUAUCCUAUUAAUUUCUAAGAAGCAAUACAUAUAUUUUUUUUUCCAUUCACAUACAUUGUGUGUCAACACUUUUCUUAAUCAAACUACAUUGCGCAAAAGUAAAUUAAAUCGAAUUUAAAACAUUUCAUUAUCUAGUCAUUUAAAUUAUAUAUUAUUUUUAAAUAAUACUAUAUUUUAAUAACAUUUUGGAUAAAGAUUUUUAUAAUUAUUUUUGUCAUGUACAUAAAAUAUGUAUAAAAUAUUUUUAUAACAUUUAUGAAAAAUAUUUAUAAUAAAUAUUUAUUAAUAUUUAUCAUAAAUAUUGUAUGUUGUAUGUCGGCUAUGUCGUGAGGAGUGAUAGAAGUGUAAAGAAUUGAGCUAAAAUAAAGAUGUUUUAUAAAAAUAA